AUGGCGGAAGGAGAGCCCGACUACAGCUCUCUUCCGUUGACGGACAGAUGGGUGCAUAAGGUGUGGAAGGUCCGCAAGGCUGCAUAUGAAGAGGCAGCAAAGCAGUUCGAGGUCACACCGGACGAGUAUGAUCCCGCAUUUCGUCCAUUCAACCAAGAGCCUAGCCUUUGGAAAGGUGCCGUAGCAGAUUCCAAUGUUGCUGCUCAAACAGAUGGCAUUGCUGCCUACUGCGCAUUUCUAAAAUUUGGCGGGAAGGAAAACUGCACACGGUCUCGUGGGCACACAGUUACACCAAUCUGCGAGAAGGGUCUUACCUCGACGAGGCCAGGUACAAAAGCCUCAUCAAUUGAAGCACUGUUACUCCUGGUUGAGAUCGACCAAGCCGCCCCGGUCAUGGAAGAUAUCCUUCCCGCUCUCUCAAAUAAGCAGCCGAAAGUUAUUGCUGCAGCGCUGGCUGCUCUCACUAGCAUAUUUCACAAUUAUGGCUGCAAGAUUUGUGACCCCAAGCCAGUCCUCAAGACUCUCCCGAAAGCCUUUGGUCAUGCCGACAAGAAUGUGCGAGCCGAGGCCACCAACUUGGCGGUUGAGUUAUACCGCUGGUUACGAGAGGCUAUGAAACCCAUGUUCUGGGGAGAUCUUAAGCCGACUCAGCAAACCGAUUUGGAGGCGCAGUUCGAGAAGAUCAAGGCCGAAGGUCCAGCGAAACAAGAGAGACUACUACGGUCACAACAAGCUGCCAUGGCUCGUGCUCCAGCGGCUGGUGCAGGGGCCGAAGAGUAUGAUGAUGGCGACGACGCUGAGGAGCCGGCUGAAGUGGACGCUUUCGACCUUGCUGAGCCGCAGGAUGUCCUGUCCAAGGUUCCGGCGAAUUUCCACGAGAACCUGGCAUCUUCAAAAUGGAAGGAGCGUAAAGAAGCACUCGAGGCUUUGUUCGCCAUUUUGAACAUACCGAGGAUUAAGGAUGGCCACUUUGACGAAAUAAACCGCGGAUUAGCCAAAUGCAUGAAGGACGCCAACAUUACGGUUGUCACACAAGCAGCACAGUGUAUCGAGGUUCUCGCCAAAGGUCUACGCAAAGGUUUCGGGAAAUAUCGAUCGAUUGUCCAGGCACCCAUCAUGGAGCGACUGAAAGAGAAGAAGGCAUCGGUUUCGGACGCCCUUGGUGCAGCAUUAGACCAAGUCUUCCUGGCGACAAGUCUCACCGACUGCCUUGAAGAUAUCAUCGCAUUUCUUGGCCACAAGAACCCUCAAGUCAAGGAGGGUACAAUGAAGUUUCUCGUUCGUUGUCUUCGGACUACGCGGGAUGUCCCAAGCAAGCAGGAAAUCGCCACUCUGGUCGAAUCUGCGAAGAAACUCCUUGCUGAGGGAAGUGAGGGUUUGCGGUCUGGUGGUGCUGAGGUUCUCGGAACGAUCAUGAAGAUUAUUGGAGAGCGUGCGAUGAACCCACAUCUCGAGGGUCUCGAUGAGAUACGCAAGACCAAGAUCAAGGAGUACUUUGAGACAGCCGAAGUGAAGGCAAAAGACAAGCCCAAGCCACCACCUGCUCCAGCAGCUCGUGGUCCCCCAGGUGGUCCGAAGAAGAUGGUUAAGAAGGCACCGGCAGGUGCCAAGAAGGCACCAGCGGCAGCGGCACCCACAGAAGCUCCCCUUGCGCCCCAGUUGUCAUCAAAAGCUGCCCCAGCUAGCACCAAACUCGGCAUGCCGAAGACGUCUGGCCUAUCAGGACUGAAGGCUCCGCAGCGACGCAUCGGUGCGCCUUCCGGAUUAUCAUCGCCACGCAGAGCUCCUGCAGCUGCCGCGCCUCCGCCAGCCCCCAUUGAAGACGAGGACGAGCCGUUUGAGCCAUCUCCACCUCCCAAGCCUCGAGUUGGCGUUGGGCGAGGUGGGCUUGCGGCACGUUCCUUAGCGAAGCCAGCCGCAGCGCCUGUUGAAGCCCCCGUACCUACGUCACCAACCCCAUCGAGUGGUCUCACGGCUGCAGAGCGUGGAGAAAUUGAAGAGCUUCGCGCGACGAAUUACCGCCUGCUGAAACAAGCCGAAGAAGUACGACACGAAAAGAGCAAGAUGAUGUCCGAGAUCCAGGAACUGAAGAACCAGAACGCACAACUCAUUGAAGAUCAUACAAGGGAUGUCCUCAGCAUCAAGGCUAAGGAGACACAGUUGGUCAGGGCGAGGAGUGACGCAGAAGCUGCCGAACAGACGAAUGAACGACUCCGCCGCGAACUUGACCGGCUAAAGCGAGCCCUUGGUAAGGCCGAGGCGCUCAAUGCUAGUGGUGGCGUCGCCAGUCCAGGGGUCGGGAGUCCAACACAUGAUGAUAUGGGCAUCUAUCGCGACGGUGUUAAUCACGCUGGCGCUAGAGGCAACAGAAUGAGCUUCACCAGCACGAUGUCUGAGGAGAAGGAAAAUGGAGAUAUUCCUCCAACCUACCCGAGGAACAAGAUGAUGAGCCCCGAACUGCGAUUUGGCGGCGGUGGGUCGAGUGGGCGAGCAAGUCCUGCUCGGGGCUUCCGAAGCACACCGAUCGAUGAAGCUGGCGGCUUUGGUGCAUCUGGAUCUGGUGUCAGUUCUGCGGUUGGGGCAAAUGGCAAUGGUGUUGAAAGCUGGAAACGCGCGGCAGAGGUGACUAGUCAGCUCAAGGCGAGAAUUGAGCAGAUGAAGGCGAAGCAAGGAUUCAACCGACCGUAG